AUGGACUCCAUUCCCGAGUUCGACGAGGAGAUUGAGAUGAUCGGGAGCGAGGAGGAGCGACGGGUGGCUGUGGCGAUGGGGGGCGGGGGGGGAGGCGCUGCAGGGAUGGGCGGAGGUGGAGGCGCUGCGGGGAUGGGGAGCGGAGGGGGCUCAGUGGGGACGGGGGCGGAAGGGCUGGGGAAGGGGAAGGGGAAGAUGAGUCCGAGUGAUGAGGAGGCGGCGAAUAGGGCAACGUAUGGGUCGCAGUUUGAUGCUGAGUAUGCCGCCUCUGAUAGUGGCUCCAGUGCCAACGGCUCGGAUGCUUCGGGAGAUGCGGCUGCCUCUCUCCCUUCCCCGCCUCUCCCCUCCUCACCCCCCUUCCCCGCCCCCCUCGCCCCCAACGUCUCCCCCGCCUCCCCCACCCUCUGGUACACCCCCCUCUCCCCCAUUCUCCCUGGGCCCCCCGAUGGAACCCCCCAGAACCGCUCUAAACCCCGCAGCACCCCUUCCUCCUCCCCUUCCGACUCUACCUUCAGUACCCUCACCACGGGUAGCAAACCCAACUCCUCCCCCGUUCCCUCCUCCUCCUCCGCCUCCUCCUCUGCCUCCCCACCCCCUGCUUCUAUAGCCUCUUCCGCCCCUGGGGGUGGGCUCUGCCCCGGGAUAGACGGCGGGAUAUGCAACUUCCGCAUGUCCUCCCGAACCCAUUUCCUUCUCAUGCGUUUCAUCUCGCUUGUCACCGUGGUCUCAGGCCUCGGAUACCUCUCCUGGAAAUGCUCCAUGGUGGGGCGGAACAUCACCCAGGCCGGCCCCGCCUGCCUGCUGUUCCUCUCCACUGAAAUCCUCGUCUUCCUUUCCUCCUUCAUGCUCGUCGUUGAGUUGUCUAAGCCGGCUAAAGAGAGGAAGGCGCUGAGUCUCCCGCCCUCGGGGCCGUUUCCGAGGGUUGCGAUCCUCAUCUGCUGCUGCAGCGAGAAGAUAGAUGUGAUCCAGGACACGGUUAAAGGGGCUAUGAAUCAGAAUUACCCCGGCGAGAGGUACUCGGUGUGGGUGCUGGACGAUGGGGGGGAUGAUGAGCUUAAAGCCUGGGUAGAAGCAGAAGCGAUGGAAGGGUGGAGCGGAGGAGGUGGGGGGGGCGGAGCAGGAGCAGCAGGAGGGGAAGUAGGAGGAGGGGAACAGGAUCAAAGCGAGCAGGGGCAGCUGCAGCGGCAGCAGCAGCUGAUGGUGCAGCAGCAGCAGCAGGGCCGGCGGCUGUUCUACCUCCGUCGCCCCAAGAAGAAAGGCGUGCCUCACCACUUCAAAGCAGGGAACAUCAACUACGGGUUGCACUUCGCCUGCGGGGAGUUUGUUGCAGUCUUGGAUGCGGAUAUGAUUCCCUCGCCCUUCUUCCUGUCGGCGCUGCUGCCGCACAUUGUCGGGGAGGAGAAGGGCGAUGUGGCGUUUGUGCAGUGCCCGCAGUCGUUUUACAACAUUGUGAAGGGGGAUCCGCUGAAUGACUCCUCGCAGGACUUUUACGAUGUUCUGCUGCCCUACAGAGAUGGUCGGGACAGUUCACAGUGCGUGGGCACAGGAGUUAUCUUCCGCGCCGCCCACCUGCAAGCAGUAGGGCAUGCCCAGUGCGUGGGCAUAGGAGUCAUCUUCCGCGCCGCCCACCUGCAAGCAGUAGGGCAGUGCGACUUCUCAUUACUCGAUUGUUCUCCUAAACCCCCCUUUACUUCCCCAGAGAUGGCCGUGACAGUGCCCAGUGCGUGGGCACAGGAGUCAUUUUCCGCGCUGCCCACCUGCAAGCGAUUGGAUGGCCGUGACAGUGCACAGUGCGUGGGCACGGGAGUCAUUUUCCGUGCCGCCCACCUCCAAGCAAUCGGCGGGUUCACAGUGGGGUCGAUAACAGAAGACUUCGAUACCGCUAUGACUCUGCAUGCCAAAGGGUACAAGACGGCCUAUGUCAACCAGUGCUUGUGUUUCACGGUGGGGUCGAUCACAGAGGAUUUUGACACGGCAAUGACGCUGCAUGCCAAGGGCUACAAGACUGCCUAUUUCAACCAGCGCUUGCAAGCGGGUCUGGCCCCGUGGAGCCUCGAGGGUUACAUAAAGCAGCACCAGCGGUGGGCCACAGGCAGCCUGCAGAUUCUGUUACACCGCGUACAGUACUACCUCAACGUGAUCGUCAUCAUGAUCCUCGUCCUACCUGUCCUCAUCCUGGCCCUUGAUCUCCGCAUCAUGCCGCCCGGCCCCAUCUUCGAAACCACCCGCCUCUACAUCAUCCUCCUCGUCCCCUACGUGUUCACCUCGCGCCUCCUCUGCCUCGGCCUCUUCUCCCGCCUUCCCAACGGCAUGAUGGUUCAGCUGAGGGGAGAGCAGGUCACCUCAUGGGCUCCCUUCAUCCUCUUCUCAGUGCAAAGCAUGCUCGUGCCGAUAAUCCACGUCAUCAUGUCCCCAACUCAUCCUAAAGUGGAGGAUCGGAGGAAGUACCUCAAUUAUGAUGAGUAUGGUGUGCCAUAUCUGAGGCCUGAGCAGCUGCUGCCGAAACGCGAUUAUCGCAUCUUGCUCUUCAACGUCAUCCCUGCCAUCUGGGCGGUGACCAUAGGAUUCUACUUCUAUGCGGCGAUCACCAAUUUCAGACCUGGUUUCUGCACCAAGAGCGGGUUCUUUGGGUACCCUAGCCUCUCUCCUCUUCCAUCUCCCCCCAAUCCCGUCUCCCCUCCCCUCCCCCCCCCCUCCCCCUCUCCCCCCUUCUUUCCCCCCUUCUUUACCCCCCGCCUCCCCCUCAGCCGCCCUUCCUCCUUCCCCCCAACCAACUACACACCAUCUCCCCCUCCUAAUUCCCCCCGCCCCUUCCCCUCUCUUCUCCCUGUCCCACCCAAGAACUGCGGGCAGCCAUGGUUCUCCUUCACCCCUCUGGCCUUCCUGCAACGAAUGAGCAACAGGGUGUUUGCUUCAGUGGGCGACUCACUCUCUGUCAGCAAUCCCAUGCCGUCGCUUUUGUGUCAGACCGUUCAGCAGUACAACGGAGGUGUUCCUUUGACUGACGAGGAUUCUGUGGUAAACCUUGACGGGCUCGAUGCGCAGUGGGCGAUCGUGAAAGUUCUCAACUUACCCUACAACAUCUCUAUGCCCCCUAAUAUCCCUAUGCUCCCCUUCCCUCUCUCUCCUUCCCAGACAGUCCAACAGUACAACGGAGGUGUUCCAUUGACCGACGAGGAUUCAGUGGUGAACCUAGACGGGCUCGAUGCGCAGUGGGCGGCUUAUAUCGAGCGGUACGACGUGCUUAUAUUGCAGACACAGGCGCACUGGCAGGCCACUAAGUAUAAGUGGCGGCGAUUCUGGGUGAACAGCACUGGGGAUCAAAUCUACAACGAGUCAAGAUUCAUGGCUGCGUUUGAGUAA